AUGGCUGCAGGAAGACUAGCACUCAUGUUUCUGCUGCUCCUGCCCUUACACCUGAGCCUCUGCUGGGACCGAGAUCCUCAAGGGGAUCCAGUGGCAAAAGAUGAGAUUUCAUCUAAGGAGAUGGCAGAGACUGCAGGGCCCUGGAAGCCCUAUCAGGGUAACAGCCAUGUCCGCCUUCCAAGAGCCCUGGUUGGUCCAUGCCAGCUGUGGAGCCUGACCCUGCCAGUGGCUGAGCUGGGCCUGGGCUAUGCCUCAGAGGAGAAGGUCAUCUUCCGAUACUGUGCUGGCAGCUGUCUCCGAGAGGCCCACACCCAGCACAGCCUUGUGCUGGCCCGGCUUCGAGGGCAGGGUCGAGCCCAUGGUCAACCCUGCUGUCAGCCCACCAGCUAUACUGAUGUGACUUUCCUCGAUGAUCGUCACCGUUGGCAGCAGCUGCCUCAGCUCUCAGCUGCUGCUUGUGGCUGUGGUGGCUGAAGGUGGCCAGCUUUGUGUCUCAGAAUCACAAGCAUGAGGCAACCUGGGCUUUGAAGGGUUCAGGUGACAUUUAUUAGAACCU